UUCUGAAUGGCCAGAAAGCAUAUACAUCGUCCUCGUCUAUUGUCGGUGCCCCUGUUCUGUCCAAAACAACCAUUUUAACGGACUCCUCACCUAUCUUUCUCCCUCAAAUGGGCUACUAAACCAACCACAUUGCCCAGAUAAACCUCUCUUCCUCUAAACCUGUUCGUUAAUCGUUCCCUCCGGAUUUAGUAUCUUCUUUUUGGUGCAAAGAAAUACUAGAACAAACUAGAAGAACAGAGGCACCUGGAAUUGAGAUUUUGCAAUUUCCUGCAGAAAUCUGCUCCAGUUUCCCUGGCAUUGAUCAAUGCCAGGUGCUAUAUGACUUCUUAAGCCCCAGAACUUUCAAAGUUUUAUCGUGUUUUCAAGGUUUUUCUUCUUCUUGGCAGAUUAGAUCUGAACCAGAACUAAAUCCAAAAAAACCAAAGCGCAUUCUUUUCCAUAGAGAAUGGGGGAGAAGUCAAGGUCGAAAGGGGGUUGGUGCGGUUGGUUGCUUGUUUUAAUUGUAGCAGCUGCAAUUGCAUUUGGAAUUUUUGUAACGAUCAAGAAGAAGCACCAUGCCUCAAAGGGAGAGGCAGCCCCUGUUCCGGGGCCUCCCGGUGCUGUUACCAAGAAGUAUGCUGACGCUCUCCAUGCCGCAAUGCAGUUCUUAGACGUACAAAAAUCGGGGAAGUUGGUUCAUAACAAGAUACCUUGGAGAGGGGAUUCGGCUCUUGAUGAUGGAAGUCCCGCAAAAGUCGAUCUUUCCAAAGGAAUGUAUGAUGCUGGGGACCAUAUGAAGUUUGGAUUCCCAAUGGCUUACACAGCCACAGUGUUGUCAUGGAGUAUCCUUGAAUACGGUGAUCAGAUGAAGGUGGUAAAUCAAUUGGAACCUGCUCAAGACUCACUCAGAUGGAUCACGGACUACCUUGUCAAUGCUCAUCUUUCUGACAAUGUUCUAAUCAUUCAGGUGGGUGACCCUGAUGCAGACCAUAAAUGUUGGGACCGCCCAGAAGACAUGACUGAGAAAAGGCCUCUCAUACAGGUUAACACUUCUUUCCCGGGAAGUGAUGUCGCAGCAGAAACUGCAGCAGCUAUGGCAUCAGCAUCCCUGGUGUUUAAGCCCAUUGACUCUACAUAUUCAGACUUGCUUCUGAAGCAUGCGAAGCAACUAUUUACUUUUGCUGACAAAUAUAGAGGUUCUUACAGCAUGAGCAUUCCUGAAGUCCAGACAUAUUACAACUCAACAGGCUAUGGAGAUGAGCUCUUGUGGGCUGCUAGUUGGCUUUAUCAUGCUACAAAGGACAAAUCAUACUUUGAUUAUGUGACUGGAAAAAAUGGUGAAGAGUAUGCUAACUGGGGAAGUCCUACCUGGUUUAGUUGGGAUAACAAGCUAGCUGGUACUCAGGUCUUGUUAUCCAGGAUUAGCUUCUUUGGAUCAAAAGAUACUUCAAAUUCUGCUACCCUCCAGAAGUACAGGGAUUCGGCAGAGGCUGUCAUGUGUGGCCUCCUUCCAAAAUCUCCAACGGCCACAUCCAGCAGAACAGACAGUGGCCUAAUAUGGAUCAGUGAAUGGAAUGCUUUGCAGCAUCCUGUGGCAUCUGCAUUUCUAGCUGUUGUAUACAGUGAUUACAUGUUAUCAUCUAGGACAGCUGAAAUAUCCUGCGACAGCGAUUCUUUUACGCCAGCCGAUCUACGCAAGUUUGCAACGUCACAGGCUGACUAUGUCUUGGGUAACAACCCUGCAAAGCUGAGUUAUCUUGUGGGUUAUGGUGAUAACUACCCAAAAUUUGUGCACCAUAGAGGGGCCUCAAUUCCUAUGGGGGCAAAAACUGGCUGCAAGGAUGGUUUUCAGUGGCUUGACUCUGAUAAACCAAAUCCAAAUGUUGCGGCUGGAGCACUUGUUGGUGGACCUUUUCUGAACGAGACCUAUAUUGAUUCAAGAAACAAUUCAAUGCAAGCCGAACCAAGCACAUACAACAGUGCCGUUAUUGUUGCCCUUCUUUCUGGUUUGGUUACCACAUCUUCAGUGGUGCAGUCUUUCACAUAGGUUUAUAGGUGGAUUUAGGGGAAGCUAUUGUAUUAUCCUAUAGCUUAUUCAGGGAAUAUAUGCUGCCAAGUUCCCGGUUUGUAUAGUAUGCCACAUUCAGAUGACUGCUUUGUUGAACUUCAAAAAAUACAUGAACUUCAAUCAUACAUGCUCUAA